AUGGUGUUGAGGGCUCUAUUUUCUACUUUCUUAUGGGUCUCUGCCCUCGCCUCACCGGUGCACGAUACGGCAAUUCGAUCCAUUGAAAAGCGUGACACUCCAGACAUCCGCUUCGGAGACUUUACUCCCAGCCAACAAUCACAGAUCCAAGGCGCAUUCCAUGAUGCCUUAACGUUAGCGAAUCACGCUAGGCACGCAUUGACAGAGGAAUCGAUGGACAAGGUCUACUCGAAGUAUUUUCGGGAAAGAGACAGAGCCAAAGUCAAGGGGGUGUUCGACAAUAUCCUCGGCGGAGCCACCAGCGUAAGCGGAAGCAAUCUCUUAAGUUCCAUUGAGGUUGUCAAAGACUUCAAGGACCCCGAAACAAACAAAUACCACUGUAUUAGCCGCAAGCGCCAGGCGUUGUUUUACGACGAAAGCAAGCCUACAAUGAUUAUCUGUCCCGUUGCAUUUACCUCCACCGGCGGGAUAGAUAGAGCCUACGGCAAUUCUGCUGCGGUUACUUGUGAUACCGUUGGCGACGAGGUGUCAAAGAAGAUGGACACAAUGGGGUCGACUAUUUUGCACGAAUACACGCACUUCACGAGUUUGGUUGUUCCGCCCUUGUCGAGCGCAACCGACGACCAUGAAAAUAAGCUCCACGUGUUACCAGUCCUAGCGAAGACUGGCUUGGCUGUCGAAAACGCUGAGAGCUACACUCAGUUUGCGAACGAGGCGUUGUGGACCAUCAAGUGUGGGAGGUGGUUUGAUGAUGCUGAUGCAGAGUCCUCGGUCGAGGAAGACUGCUAA